GUCAAACUACUUUGCACCAUAACUUCAAACUGGUUUCCACGUAGAAGCGAGGGGUGGUUGCGCUCGUUCCUUCUCUGCGCCACACAGGGGUUCAACCUUGUACCAGCGCAAGCCGUUCGUUGUUGGAGCAAGCCUUCGUCGGUUUUUCAAAGUCAGUGCCACACAGGAUUUCAGCCCUCUUUUCUCUGCGUUGUUGUUUCUCCCACGUAGCAGGGACACACCGGCGAAGCUCAGUUCAGUACGACGAAGGUCGGUUCUAUCACCUUCAUCUUCAGUCCUCUGCAUUAGUGCUGGCCGAACGGGAGUAGGGCGGAAGAUUCGGAUUUCGAGGGGUGCGUGCGGGAGUGGGGCGGGAGAUGUCGAUGGGUGGAAGACAAAAUUGAGAUGAGGUAAAUUUUUGAAUUGGGAAGGGAGGAAGGUAAAAAAAAGGAGAACCUUUUAUAUGAGGUGCCAAGGGUGUACACAAAUUGUGUACCCCUAGCAAAAUUCUUUGGCAAUUGAGCAUUCCUUCCUCAAAUAGAGUUAUAGAGAUCUACGUACCCUGACCGACCCUACGUUGGUGUAUAUAUAUAUACACCGCUUCGUCUUCAAUAUCCUCAUCGUUCUCUUCUUCUGAUUACAAUUACAAUUAACUCAUGGCGUUAACUACAAUUAUAAUUGGUGAAAAAGACAAGCAUGGUAGGAGAAGGAGAAAGCAUGAUUUGUGGGGGAAAAGCGGAGGAGUUUACUUCCCUCCUUUUAAGCUGGCUAGGAUGAUGGAGGAUGCAGAGGACAAAAGCUCAGUGGAAUCCCAAAGGAUGGCGUGGGAUGCUCUUAGGAAGAGUAUAAACGGGGUGGUUAAUAAAGUGACCGCAACAAAUAUCAAGAACAUAAUUCCAGAACUGUUCGCUGAGAAUCUGAUUCGUGGAAGGGGCCUGUUUUGCCGCUCUUGUAUCAGGUCCCAAAUGGCUGCUCCUGGGCUUACUGAUGUUUUUGCAGCAUUGGCUGCUGUUGUUAACACCAAGUUUCCAGAGGUGGGGGAUCUUCUUUUGAGGAGGAUUAUUUUGCAGAUUCAAAGAGCCUUCAAACGCAAUGAUAAACCCAGAUUGUUGGCAGCUGUUAAAUUCCUUGCUCAUCUUGUGAACCAGCAAGUAGUUCAUGAGGUAAUUGCUCUUGAACUUGUUUCAGCUUUGCUUGAAAACCCCUCAGUUGACAGUGUUGAAGUUGCAGUUGGUUUUGUUACUGAGUGUGGAUCUAUUCUCCAAAACUUGACUCCACAUGGAUUGUAUGGUAUUUUCGAGCGGUUUCGUGGGAUUCUUCAUGAAGGAGAGAUCCAUAAAAGAGUUCAGUUCCUGAUUGAAGGCCUCUUUGCAAUACGUAAAUCAAUGUUUCAGGGUUAUCCUGCUGUUCGUCCGGAGCUCGAUUUGGUAGAGCAGGAGGAUCAGGUGACCCAUGAAAUAUCUCUUCAGGAUGCCAUAGAAGACCAAGAUGCACUGAAUAUUUUCAAGCCUCAUCCCAAUUACUUAGAAAACGAAAAGAAGUAUGAAGACUUGAAAAGGGCAAUACUGGGUGAUGAAUCUGAGGGAGAAGGGGAUUCUGAUGCUGACUCUGCAGAUAAAGAUGAAGAGGAUGAAGACCAUGAAGAACAAAUGAAAAUUACUGACCUGACGGGAACAAACUUGGUCAACCUUCGAAGAACAAUCUAUCUCACAAUUAUGUCGAGUGUGGGCUUUGAGGAAGCAGGUCAUAAACUGUUGCAGAUUAAAUUUGAGCCUGGUCAAGAGAUCGAAUUAUGUAUAAUGCUUCUAGAGUGCUGCAGCCAGGAGAGAACCUACCGCUCUUACUAUGGGCUUUUGGGUCAGCGUUUUUGUAUGAUCAACAAGAUUUACCAGGAGAACUUUGAAAAGUGUUUUGUGCAACAGUACUCAACGGUUCAUCGGUUGGAAACCAAUAAACUGACAAAUGUUGCCCAGUUCUUUGCCCACUUGCUUGGAACUGAUGCUCUGCCUUGGCAUGUUCUGGCUUACAUUCGACUCACAGAAGAAUAUACCACCUCCUCUUCUCGCAUCUUCAUCAAAAUUCUCUUUCAAGAAUUAUAUGAACAUCUUGGGAUUCGGCUUUUGAAAGAACGCCUGAAUGACCAAACAAUGCAAGAGUCCUUUGCCUCUAUUUUUCCAAGGGACAACCGGAAUAACGCAAGGUUUGCAAUUAAUUUUUUCACUUCCAUCGGCCUGGGUGGGAUCACUGAGAAGGCUUUGAUACUAGAUUAGUAUGAUACUAUGAUGAUGGAUUUCAUUACUGUGCUCUAGCUUGUUGUUAGUUAAAAGUUGCCUGACUAAUAAAUACUUUGUUAGUUAAGAAUUGCACUAUUAUUACUUCGUAUUAAUCAACACUCCAGAUAUUGAACACUAUCAAUUUUACAUACACCUGUUUCGCUUUCAACACUCCAGGAUUCCAG